CAACCACCCUGUCCACAAAUGUCUUCGUGCCUUGUUAAAUCGGCUUAUGAUCAGGCAAAAGUACGUUGAUUCCACAUGUUACUCGUAUAUCAAUUUGGCAGUCGACGAGGUAUUUUCAAACGGUAAACAUAUGCACGCAAUCCGAUUUCCCAUCGGCAGAGUUACUUCGAAUAGUCAAAACUGCAGCUGGGAAGGAAUUACUAAGGGAUUAUUAUUGGAAAAGCAAACCUUAUAGAAUGACUUUGGUGCGACCCCUUAAGCCCGCCCUGCAAGCCAUAUGCAUUAAGGAAUUAAACGAGGUGCCCCAGCGGGUGUCCCAGGAUAUCGAGGCACUACGGGAAUGGGUCUUGAAGCAACCUCAUCUGCGGGCGUGCACCGAUGACCAGUUUCUCCUCGCCUUUCUGCGAGGAACCAAGUUUAGCCUGGAACGGGCAAAAGAAAAGUUCGAUCGGUUCUACACCCUGCAGGGAUCCAUACCCGAGGUCUUCAAUGAUCGGCGCCUGGCCACCGAUCCGCUGGUCCUAGAUAUCAUAAGGAUGGGAGUACUCCUUCAAAUUCCCAUGGAUACGGAGGAUACAGGACCUCGAGUGAGCAUUAUUCGUGCCGGUUCCUACGACACCAGCAAGUACAAGUUUCAGGACAUAAUACGGGUCGGUUCCAUGUUCGGCGAGAUCAUGAUGUUCGAGGACGAUAAUGCCACGGUCAGCGGUUAUGUGGAGAUUAUGGACAUGUCCGGGGUUACGGGUGCCCACCUCUUUGCCCUCCAGCCCCAGUUGCUGAGUAAGUUUUCCACCUAUGCGGAUGAGGCGAUGCCCACUCGCCAGAAGGGCAUUCACUUUAUCAAUGUCCCUGCGGCCUUCGAAACUGGUUUCAAUUCGUUGCGAUCCUUCUUUCCGGCCAAAAUCAAGAGUAGGAUUUCGGUGAGCUCAGAUCCUUCGGCUAUAUUCGAUAUAGUGCGUCGCGAAUACUUACCCAAGGAAUACGGAGGAACUGGUGGCAGUAUGCAGGACAUAAGCCAGACCAUGGAAGCGAAGCUUUCCAGUUAUGGACCCUACUUUCAGGAAUCCCAGAGUUUCGGCGUUGAUAACAAGUUGCGAGAAUUCGGUGAUAAUGGGCGGAAGAACCAUCGCUCCUCCUUUGGGGCUGUGGGGUCCUUUCGAAAACUGGAAAUCGACUGAAAUUUACCGGCCCGAGUUUAUUAAUGUCAACAACGAAGAUACCUUAAUCUUAUCUGGAAAAGCAAGGCAGUCGCAAUAUCAAACUUAUUGAAGUGUAGAUUAUUAAAUUUAAUGUGGAUUAUUUCUGAGCCUAAAACUAGUGAAGCAAUAACCCCGAUUCGUCAGAGAAUGUGAUAUCAGACAUUUUCAGGAGAAAAUUGUGUUUUUUUUUUAUUAUUUACAUAUGUACAUAUAAAUUUAUAAUUAAAAUGACAUUAUUAUUAUUGU